CCUUAACUCGAACACUACAAAGUCAAAGCAAGAUGACCUCGCGCCGGCCUGUGCUGCUGUACUACCAUCCGAGCAUGGAGGACCUGGCCCACAGCAUCUCCAGUUUGUGUGCGGCGGCCUACCUGGACCAGCAGCAACAGGCAGAUGCAGGUAUUGCCGCAAUUGCGAAUUCUGCAAACACGUCCGCCGUGCUGUCCACCUCGUCAUCGACCGCUUCUGGCACGACCGGACCAUCACCAGCAGCCGCUGGCAACAACGCCACAGCGUCAUUGGGCGACGACGGAGAGCGGAGGACGAGCAGCACUGUGACCCCGACCAAGACCACGGUGGUCGCGCCGACUGGGCUGACUGUGGUGGUUCACCCAGCCGGGAUGCCCGACAGCGCGUCCGUGUCGCACUCUGCGUCGUCCGAAGACUUGCUGUCCCUGGAUCCGUCGAGCUCGAGCGCCAGUGCUAGUGGCGGGGCUUCGAAUGCCGCGGCUGAAUCUGCUGGCUCGAGCACGACUGGCACAGCCGAGACGCCUGCUCCGCCAAAGCCACCCAGGCGCACGCGCCAUGCGCCAGACACUGCCCGAGAGUCGGAUCUGGCCCGCUGGCGUCUGCUUCGGGUCAAGAACGGCGGUGGCAUUGGUCGUUCGCUCGAGUUGCGCAGCAAUCUCAGAUGGGGCGUGUUUGAGGAUGGGUUUCCAAACCUCUUCAUUGACGACGUGAAGGAAAUGUAUGGCCGUGAUGUGCUUUUCUUGGCCAGUUUCCACUCGCCCGCCGUUAUUUUCGAGCAGCUGUCAGCCAUCUAUGCCUUCCCACGCUACCUCGCACGAUCCUUCACGUUAAUUCUGCCAUACUUCCCUACCGGCACGAUGGAGCGCGUGGACAUUGAGGGACAGGUGGUGACGGCAAAGAGCCUCGCCACGCUGCUCUCUGCCAUUCCGCUCACACCGCAAGGUCCUCCACAGAUUGUCAUUUUCGACAUUCAUGCGCUGCAAGAGCGCUUUUACUUUGGCGACAAUGUCAUUCCGCGGCUGGAGAGUGCCAUCCCUUUGCUGCUGGAUCGACUCAAGCUGCUUCCCGACCACGACUUGAUCACCAUUGCCUUCCCUGACGAAGGCGCGCACAAGCGGUUCCACACCAUGUUUGAAAACUACCCGACCAUCAUCUGCACCAAGGUUCGCGAUGGCAACAACCGCAUUGUGACAAUCAAGGAGGGCGACGCGGACGGGCGUCACGUUGUGAUUGUCGAUGACUUGGUGAAAACGGGCGGGACGCUGCUUCAGUGCGCCAAAGCCAUCAAGGCUCGAGGCGCCACUCAGAUUAGCUUCUACGUCACGCACGCCGUUUUCCCGCUCGAGAGCUGGAAGCGCUUUGUGGGUGGAGACUUUGCCUACUUUUGGUUUACCGACUCUGUUCCAACCGUGGUGGAGCAGCUUGUUCAGCACAAGCCGUUUGAGCUGCUGUCUCUGUCCACGGCUGUUGUCAACGCGUUGCUGAGUUAUGAUUUGCACCAGUACUGAGUCUGCUGUUCAGUUGUGUUUGUAUUUUCAUUUUGGCUGCAAGAUGCUUCAAUUCGGC